AUGGACACACUCCCAACUGAACUUCAUGCCUACAUCUGUCAGCUAGUUUGCGAUGAUGACGGUACCACUAUUCGCACUCUUAGCAGUGUAUCAAAAUAUUUCAACCAAGUGACGAAGCCUUAUCUCUAUCGUAGCAUUUGUGCAACCGGAACCUCACAAAUCAUGGCUCUUGUGGAACGCCUUGAUUCUAUACCAUCACACCUACGCCCCAUAGAACGACUCUUUUUGUCCGACACGUCGUGCAAAACCGCCUCACCUACAUCGUUAUCGCCACCCAAAAGUCUGACAGAUCGUGAAACUCGCUACAUUAACCGGCUCAUCGCGCUUUCAGCCCCUACGUUAAAGACCUUCACAUUUAUCGCCACGUCUCCUUUUUCGGGAACCUCUCUCAUCGCGCGCGUGUUCAGGACGUCAUUUCCAUUGCUAGUCAAUCUCACUAUUUCCGGUUUCUAUCCGUUCCCAUCGACACCAGGUCGCUUCCCGCUGUUGAAUUACCUUCACCUCGACGGUAAUCGAAACCCACAUGGUCUAUUCCAGAUGUCGUCAUUGGAGGAUGCUUGCCCAUCACUGCGGAGCUUGAAGGUGACAGGUCUGGGGGCAGCGGGCGCAUUCGUCGUAGAGCUUGAAGAAGCUCUAGCAUUCGGAAAAAAUUUGGACGAACGAUCCGACUACAUGGCACACUCACGACUGCCUUCUUGUUUGUGCGAAAUCACGCUACAGGCUGGACCUGAACUAGCUGUCUCUGGAGCCAGAGACAGCGCCGCGACUAAGGAUCAGAUUUUGAUGAAACGGCUACAGUCUGUCAAGACUCUCAGUUCAGAAAGUUUGCAGGUUUCGGUGGUGGAACGCAGUAGUAGACCGUUGACUUUAGACGAUUUUAGACUAGAAUGGAUUCAGAACUGGUAA